GGUGCAUUUAACUUUAUAUAAACCCAACGAAAUGGAAACAGAAACACUGAAAACGAAAACAUAUACACAUCCAAAAAGAGUAACCAAUAAUAUUAUUACUUAUAUUGCCCCCCCAAAAAAAACAAUAUGGAGAACAAAGGUAAGAACAUCGAACAAGCUCAAGAAAGUUGUUAUCAACAGUGGAUGAGUUUACAAUCUCAACGCGUCCCUGAGAUUAAACAUGCCUUGGCACAACGACGAUCUCACGAGGGCACCGCCGAGGCUGACUCUGAUGAUAAAAAACUCCGUGAAUUGACACAAAAGAUCAUCGGAGAUUUUAAAGAUUACGCCGGAAAACGAGCUGAUCUUUCUCGCCGAUGUAGCUCGAGCUAUUAUGCCCCGUCGUGGAACACUCCUUUAGAGAACGCUCUGAUUUGGAUGGGUGGUUGUAGACCUUCUUCUUUCUUUAGGCUCGUUUAUGCUUUGUGCGGGUCCCAAACUGAGAUUCGUGUGACUCAGUUUCUCCGCAACGUCGACGGCUACGAUUAUUCAGGUAGCGGUGGCGCAUCUCUUAGCGAUUUAACGGCGGAGCAACUAGCUAAGAUCAACGUGUUGCAUGUGAAAGUCAUAGACGAAGAAGAGAAGAUGACCAAGAAAGUCUCGAGCCUUCAAGAGGAUGCGGCGGAUAUUCCCAUAGCCACCGUGGCUUACGCGGAGGACCACGUCGGAGAGCCUAACAUAGCAGUGGAUCAAGCUCUCGAAAAGCAAGAAAAAGCUAUGGCCACUUUAUUGGCCGAGGCCGAUAAUCUGAGGGUAGAUACUUUAGCCAAAAUCAUGGAGAUUUUGUUGCCUGUACAAGCGGCAGAUUUCUUGCUCGCGGGGAAAAAACUUCAUCUUUCGAUGCAUGAGUGGGGAACAAUGAGAGAUCGCCGCCGACGUGAAUGCAUAAUUGACGGCGAAGAAGAUGUCGGAGGAGAGUAGUCGUUAUAAUAGUAGAGAUGAUAUCAUAGGUACGUACGUGUCAAAUAUGAAAUUGCAUAAUAACAAGAUUCAUAAUCUUGGUAUUAUAAAGUUUUUGUCAUGCAGGCUUUAAUAUAUAUAGGGUAUGAUACAGUCUAGGGAUAUAUAACCCUUAUAUAUGUUAAUUUUAUUUCCC